CGCCAGUGUGCGUGUAGUGUGCCUGUUGCUGCAUUCUUGCCCUGCGAAGUAGGCUGUCACAACAUUAAAAUGCGAGUUCAGUUCUCCUUGCUCCAUGUUUGUUGCUGCUCGUUUUUCUUCUCUGAAACCCAGGAAUAUUAUCACAGUUGGAAGGAUAGUUUUGCUCUUUCCUUGUUGGAACUGGAAAAAUUACCGUGAACAGCUGCCAAAGGUGAAAAUCUGUGUGAACUUUUGAGGUUACUUUUUUGGGGAGAAAUCCGUGCGACCUCUGCUGAUCAACUGCGAUGGAUGUAACCACGUUACGGUGUUGUGAGUUUUCGUGUCUGAUCUUGCUCUGCGUUCUUCCCGCGACAUCCAGGGCAUCGUGGAUGUGGCUCGGAAUAGCGUCCCUGGGUACCGUCAACCAGCCCAACGACCUAGGCCUACCGGCCAGCAGCAGCAGCAACCCCGUCCUUCCACGGCCUACUUCCCCGGGCGAGUCGGUCUGUUCCCUUGUUCCGGGACUGGCUACCGAGCAGCGUGCCGUGUGCGAGAGGAGACCCGAGGCCAUACCGGUGAUCGGAGCGGGAGCACGGCUGGGGAUCGCCGAGUGUCAGCGGCAGUUUCGAGAGGAGAGGUGGAACUGCACCAUACACGAUCAGGAGCAGAACGCAUUUGGAAAGGUGCUCAAAACAGGGAGCCGCGAGACGGCCUUCGUUUACGCCAUCACCAGCGCGGGCGUGGUCCACGCCGUGACCAAGACAUGCAGCCUGGGCAACCUGACCGACUGCUCCUGCGACGACUCGCGCAACGGCCUGGUCAACUCCGAGGGCUGGCAGUGGGGCGGAUGCAGCGAUAACCUGGACUACGGCAUCACCGUCGGUAGGCAGUUCGUGGACGCGGCCGAGGUACGGAAAGGGGAGGAGGAGGAGGGCAAGGCGAACCGGGUCAGGAGCGCCAUGAACCUGCACAACAACGAGGUUGGGCGACAGGCUCUGAGACAGUUCAUGUCCAGGCAGUGUCGAUGCCACGGCGUCUCCGGUUCGUGUACCAUCAAAUCCUGCUGGAACACCAUGCCGGACUUCCUGGCCGUGGGCGACUACCUCAAGAACCGCUACCUGCAGUCGAUCGAGAUCCUGAACCGACCCACCAAGCGCCGCCUACGACGGAAGGACCGCGGCAUGCGCAAGGUGCCCAUUGCGCAAGACGAGAUGGUGCACCUGGAGCGGUCUCCGAACUACUGCGUACGGGACGCGAGUCGAGGCAUCAUGGGCACGACGGGCAGGGAAUGCAACCGGACGUCUUCGGCUGCGGACAGCUGCGAUCUGCUGUGCUGCGGGAGGGGAUACAACACGCAGGAGGUGCGCAUCGUGGAGCGGUGCGACUGCAAGUUCAUCUGGUGCUGCGAGGUGAAAUGCAGAGUUUGCGAGACGAUUACGGAUCUGUACACGUGUAAAUGAGUGGUUCCCACCGUGACUAUAAUGGUCACAUCUCCUGAAGAAAUGACAGAGACAUUUCAUUGGUCAAUCACGAGACUGAGAAGCCAGUCCGCCUUAUUUGCAUACCCAGGCCGCCUUAUUUGCAUAACCAGGCCGCCUUAUUUGCAUACCAUUCAAGAAGACUGGGAACAAAUCAGUUACCCUCAACAGUUUCAUUUUAGAUCUGUGGUGUAGCAGGGUUCUUUAGGUUCGACUCCGUCUACCAUUAACAUAAAAAUACAAAAAA